UAUUAGCGAGAGCGGCACGUUGUGUGCCGGUCCGACCGGGGAACUGGUGCCGCGAUGUCCGUGAGGAACAACAAUAAGCUGCCCAGUAACCUGCCACAGCUGCAAAACCUCAUUAAAAGGGACCCGCGCUCCUACACCGAGGAGUUCCUGCAGCAAUAUAACCAUUACCAGUCCAAUGUGCGUAUUUUCCAGCUACAGCCGGACAAACCUAGUAAAGAACUUUCUGAACUGGUGAUAUUUCUUGCACAGGUUGCACAUUGUUACCCAAAUGAACUGACCAACUUUGCCCAAGAAUUAAAAGAUCUUCUCUUCUCUCAUCACACAAUUCUGGACUCAGAUUUGCGAAUGACAUUUUGUAAAGCUUUGAUUUUAUUAAGAAAUAAGAACCUCUUGAAUCCUACAAGUUUGCUGGAAUUGUUCUUUGAACUGCUGAGGUGUCAAGACAAACUCUUACGUCAGACCCUGUACUUGCACAUUGUGACUGACAUCAAAAAUAUCAAUGCCAAACACAAAAACAACAAAGUGAACACAGUUUUACAAAAUUUUAUGUACACAAUGUUGAGGGACAGCAACCCCAUAGCAGCCAAGAUGUCCCUGGAUGUAAUGAUAGAACUAUACAAAAGAAACAUCUGGAAUGAUGCAAAGACUGUGAAUGUCAUCACCACAGCUUGCUUCUCAAAAGUGACCAAGAUUUUGGUUGGCGCUUUGAAGUUCUUUCUGGGUAAAGACAUAGAUGAGAAAAAUGACAGUGAUUCAGAUUCCGAGGAUGAAGGAAUCACAAUGCGAGACAUGACCACGAGAUUUGCAACUGGAAAGAAAUCAUCAAAAAAUAAAAAGAAGCUGGAAAAGGCUUUGAAAGUCUUAAAAAAACAUAAAAAGAAGAAAAAGGCAGAAGUAUUUAACUUUUCAGCUAUUCACCUCAUUCAUGAUCCACAAGGCUUUGCAGAGAAACUUUUCAAACAGUUGGAAAACUCUAAGGAAAGGUUUGAAGUUAAGAUGAUGAUGAUGGAUCUAAUAUCAAGGUUAAUUGGAAUUCAUGAGCUAUUCCUUUUUAACUUCUACCCAUUCAUACAACGUUUCCUCCAGCCACAUCAAAGAGAUGUGACCAAGAUUCUUCUUUAUGCUGCACAGGCUGCCCAUCAAUUGGUUCCUCCAGAGAUUAUUCAAACAUUAGUGAUGACAAUAGCAAACAACUUUGUCACAGACAGAAAUUCUGGUGAAGUUAUGACAGUCGGGAUUAAUACCAUCAAAGAAGUGAGUGCACGCUGUCCACUUGCCAUAACAGAAGAUCUGCUCCAGGACCUUGCUCAAUACAAAACCCACAAAGAUAAAAAUGUGAUGAUGUCUGCCAGAUGCUUGAUUCAGCUUUUUAGAACCAUGAACCCUCAGCUGCUGCACAAGAAAGACAGGGGUAAACCAACAGAAGCCUCAAAAGAAGCCAGAUGCCAUGAAUAUGGGGAAUUGGAUUCUAAAGACUACAUCCCAGGAGCAGAAGUGCUGGAAGAGGAAGGUGAAGAGGAUAAUGAUGGAUGGGAGAGUACGAGUAUCGAUGAGGAUGAAGAUGAUGAAGGUUGGAUUGAUGUUCAUCAUUCUUCAGAUGAAGAACAGCAGAAAGAGUUGGUGGAGAAGGUGAAGACCAUGCCCACAGAAGCACGCAAAGCAAAAGCAGCACUUGUCAGUGCUAGUCGCCUCCUCACACAGGAAGACUUCAAGAAAAUCCGACUGGCCCAGAUAGCUAAAGAGGUUGACCCUGCCCCUGGCAAAAGUCAGAAGAGGAAGAUUGAGGACAGCAGUGAUGACGAAAGCAAAGGAGAGCUGCUUUCACUGCGAGAUAUAGAACGGCUGCAUAAAAAGCCUAAAUCAGAUAAAGAAACUCGACUAGCAACAGCUAUGGCUGGAAAAUCUGAAAGAAAUCAGUUUGUGAGAAAGAGAACCAAGUUGAAUCCAUUUGCGAGCACAACUAACCAAGACAAGAAAAAGAAAAAGAACUUUAUGAUGAUGAGAUACAGCCGCAAUGUCAGAUCAAAAGGCAAACGUUCCUUCAGGGAAAAACAGAUUGCUUUGCGAGAUGCUCUCUUGAAGAGAAAGAAACAGAUUAAAUAAGGAAUUAAUAACGAGAAAACACAAUAGAAAACAAAUAUUGUAGCCAUGAAGAUAUGUGACUCCUGCAUUACAGAGGGUUUGCAUUCCCAGGAAGUGGCCCGAAAUUUGAAGCUACAUCACGUGCAUAUGCGUCAAGAAACAGGAGUUGGGAAAAAUUGUUUAUUUGUAUAUUUUUCACAAAUUCUGUAAGAGUUCUCUAAAUUCUGUUUAAGUAAAUUUUUGUUAUUCAAGUGGCUAUAA